AUGAGGCAUCUCGAUCCCCUGCGGUUGCUUGCUUUGGCGCUGCUGCUUGUUGGUCUCGUUGCUGCGUGGUCAAAAGAAGAUUUCCUCGGAGUCAAGCCCAAUGCUGGCCAAAGUGACAUUGUCAAGGCCUACCGCAAGAAAUCCAAGCAGCUGCAUCCCGACAAAGUCAAGCGUGCCUUUAUCGCCAACUACUCCCGUCCUCGCAAGGCCAAACCAGGCUCCAAGCCUGGAGUUCGCGUCUCCAAGGGGCCGACGGACCGCGAGAUCGAAAAGGCUCAUAAACUCGCCACCCAACAGUUCGCUCGUCUGGGCUUGAUAGCCGAUAUUCUCAAGGGCCCUGGCCGCCAACGAUACGACCACUUCUUGAACAAUGGAUUCCCUGCCUGGAAGGGCACAGGAUACUACUACAACCGUUUCCGUCCCGGACUAGGCACCGUGUUAUUUGGAUUAUUCCUUGCCUUUGGUGGAGCUGGACACUACGCUGCUCUCGUCUUGAGCUGGAAACGACAGAGAGAGUUUGUGCAACGUUAUGUCAGGCAGGCUCGCCGCGCAGCUUGGGGGGAUGACUUUGGUAUUCCAGGUGUUUCCAGCGUGGGCGAGAGUGCCAGCGCCUCCGGAUCACAUGCCAGCCCUGCUUCUAACGGUGGGAACGACGGCGACGAGGGUGCCGCCCCAGUGCCCGUGAACAGACGACAGAAGCGCAUGAUGGAGAGAGACAGUCGCAAAGAAGGCAAGAAGCCCGUCAAACCCGCCAAGCCUACCAGACCUUCUGUUAAUCGCGAGGACUCGUCUGCCCCUGAAUCCGGCACCGCGACACCCGUGGGCGUUGAGACUAGAAACAGGAAACGUGUCAUUGCUGAGAACGGCAAGGUCCUGUUGGUGGACUCGUCGGGUGACGUAUACCUCGUCGAAGAGAAUGAAGACGGUGUCAAGGAGGAAUUCCUCCUCGAUGCUGACGAAAUCCCUAAACCUACCUUCCGAGACACCAUGGUCUGCAGAUUCCCCGUCUGGGUCUAUCAGAGCACAGUUGGACGUGUUACUGGUACCCCCUCAGGUUCAUUCACGCCUAAUGUGCCUGAACAGGCGGAAGAGGAAGAGGAUGUGGAAGAAACAUCCUCUGCCAACACUACCCAGAAGAAGAAGAAAGGUAGAAGAGGUUAA